GAGCCAUCGCAGCACCAGCCACACAUCCAGCCACAGCCAUAUGUCCGUAUGACGUCGCAAGCAGGCACGUCCUUGACUGCAGCGUGCCCGACGACCAUUGCUCUCGGGGAGUCUGACCGGUCGGCACUGGCGAGAUACUUGGCGGACUCGCAAUGUGCUGCAGGGGAUGCACGUGAUGUGCUUGUGGAGCCUCGAGCACGCGCGCCAGAUAAAGUCGAGCUUGCAUCCAAUGCGGCCGCGCUGAAGGCAGAACUGUCGCGGCUCUCGCAACUGCCAGGCCACGCUCGUAUGAUGCAGGUGAGACACACACUACCCAUGUACGACCACCGAGCAGAGUUUUUAGAGUCUGUGAGCUCCCACGACGUUACGAUCGUGCAGGGCGCCACAGGCUGUGGAAAGAGCACUCAGGUCCCGCAGCUGCUGCUCGCAGACGCUGCUGCUCGUGAUCUCGCGUGCCGCGUCAUCGUCGCGCAGCCACGGCGCCUGGCAGCAACGGCGCUGGCGGACCGCGUGGCUGCGGAGCUGGUGGACGAUGCGGGUGUGGGCGGUCUGUGCGGGUAUCGCAUCCAGGCGCCUGCGUCGCGGGUUAGUCCGUCGACCGCAAUUACCUUUGUGACGACGGGACUAUUGCUAAGGCACCUUGAGUCUGAGCCUCGACUGCCCUCUUUCUCGCACGUGGUCGUCGACGAGGUGCACGAGCGCUCCGUUGACGUUGACCUCUUGCUUCUCGGACUGCGUCGGGCGCUUGCUCGUGUCGCACACCCCUUCCCCAAGGUCAUCCUGAUGUCCGCCACCGCGGACGUCGACACCCUGAGCGCGUACUUCGGCGGCGAGGCCGCCCGCCCGAGGAGCGUCGGCGUGUGCACCGUGCCCGGGCGCACGUUCCCCGUGCAGGAGCGCUUCCUCGAGGAGGCCCUCGAGGCGAGCGGCUACCUCUGCGCCGCCUCGUCCGCCUGGGCCCGCGAGGCCCCGCUGCCAGAGGAGCCCUCACAGAGCGACAGGGCGAUCGCCGCCUCCGCGGCCGCUGCCGCAGAGGCCGCGGCCCGGGCCGCCGCCGACGAGGCCGCCGCGGGGACCACGACCGCGGCCAAGGCCGAGAUCCUCGCCGUGCGGGCGAAGAAGCUCGCGAACGCGGCCUCGGCGUCCCACGCCGUAGGGGCCAUUGGCGCGGCGGCCUCCGAUUGGCUCCGGUCGCUUGGCGCAAGCGGAACACAGAGUUUGUACCCGUCUGGCACGGUUGCGCGCUCGCUCCGCGCGAUGGAUCUCUCGGUUGUGAACGAGGAGUUGGUGGAGGCUCUUGUCUGCAUGCAUCACUCGUCAGGCGACGGUGGCGGCGGCGGUGGUGAUGGCGCCAUCCUCGUCUUCUUGCCUGGCGUGCGUGAGAUUGACGACAUGCUGUGUGCGCUGGAGCGCUGUCCCGCAGCGCGGCGAGGUGGCCUGAAGGUGCUGCCGCUGCACUCGCAGCUCUCCGCCGCCGACCAGCGUGCCGCGUUUGCCCGCCCCCCUGGAGGAGUGACGAAGGUGGUGCUCGCCACGGACAUCGCCGAGACAUCGGUGACUAUCCCCGACGUCACCUGCGUCAUCGACGGCGGCCUUCACCGCACCGUCGUCUGCGACGAGCGCACCGGCGUCGGCCACCUGCACACCGCGCGAACCUCUCUGGCGGCCGCGAAGCAGCGCGCUGGCCGCGCGGGCCGCGUCCGCCCAGGCGUUUGCUACCAUCUCUAUAGCUGGGGUCCGAGGGCGCCAUGGCCCCAGCGCCGGCGCCGGAGAUCCUGUGCGCGCCGCUGGAGCCCCUGUGCCUGCGGCUGCGGCUCCUGGUGGACGAUGGCCGGCCGCUGGAGCAGGUGCUCGCCGAGGCCCUCUCGCCGCCCGAGCCGCAGGCCGUCGCGCGGGCGGGCGCCUCGCUGGUGGCGCUGGGGGCGCUGCGCCCGGGCGACCUCGCGCUGACGCCCCUCGGGCGCCGCCUCGCGGCGUUGCCGGUGGAGCCGCGCUGCGGGAAGGCGCUGCUGUGCGCGGCGGCGCUGGGCUGCCUGUCGCCGGUGGCGCUGGUCGUCAGGGGAGGAAGGGGUGCCGACAUCGGUGCCCCUCCCUCGCGUUCGCCUUGUCGGGCCUCCUGGGAGGCCUUCGUCGCCAUGGCUGGAUUCG